UAAUUGCCCUCCUUUCUCCUAUUUCAGUUCGCAACACUACAAUUUAUAGCUUCACACUUCCCACUAUUUUCUCGGCGUUUGUACUGUUUAGAAAAUAUUAAUUUCAAUCAAACUAUUAUUUUCUUGAUUCAAUUCAUUCAUGGACUCCGAAUCAGUGAUUGAAUUCCUGGGUUGUGUUCCCUUGCUUCAGAGUUUACCUGCCUCAUCGCUCAAGAAAAUUGCCGAUUUGGUUAUCGUCAAAAGCUAUGAUUCUGGAGAGUAUGUUGUUCGUGAGGGUGAAACCGGACAUGGAGUUUACUUUGUAUGGGAAGGAGAGGCUGAAGUUACUGGUAAUGUUAGUUCUGGUGCCGAUAAUCGUUUGGAGUUUCAAUUGAAACGUUAUGAUUAUUUUGGUUAUGGUUCAACAUUAUCUGUUCAUCACACUGAUGUAAUCGCUUUGUCUAAGUUGACAUGUUUGGUGCUACCUCAUGAGCAUUGCAAUCUGCUGCAAUCAAAAUCAAUCUGGAGUGCUGAUACAACUCCUGGGUCAUGCUCACUUGUAGAAAGUAUAUUGCAUUUGGAGCCGGUAGAAGUAAAUAUAUUCAAGGGAAUCACUUUGCCUGAUGCACCAAAAUUUGGGAAGGUUUUUGGAGGACAGCUUGUUGGACAGGCUUUGGCAGCAGCAUCAAAGACUGUUGAUUGUCGCAAGAAUGUCCAUAGUUUGCAUGUAUAUUUUCUACUUGUUGGGGAUUUUGAUAUACCAAUUAUAUAUCAAGUACACCGACUGCGUGAAGGGAGAAGCUUUGCUACCCGAAGAGUAGAUGCAAUACAGAAAGGAAUCAUCAUAUUCACGUUGCUUGCUUCAUUUCAAAAAGAUGAGGAAGGUUUUGAUCACCAGGAAUCACUAAUGCCAUCUGUGUCUGAUCCAGAGACGCUCCUCAAUAUGGAAGAACUACGAAAUGAGCGGAUUAUGGAUACUCGUCUUCCAAGGACAUAUCGAAACAAGGUGGCUACUAAAAGCUUUGUCCCUUGGCCCAUAGAGAUACGUUUUUGUGAACCGAAUACUUCAACCAAUCAGACAAAAUCUCCUCCAAGUUUGAAGUACUGGUUUAGAGCAAGAGGAAAACUUUCAGAGGACCAAGCCUUGCAUCGAUGUGUUGUUGCCUACGCAUCAGAUUUAAUAUUUCUUUCAGUAAGCGUGAAUCCACACCGCAAAAGGGAGCUGAAGACGAGUUCAGUUAGUUUGGAUCACUCGAUGUGGUUUCAUCGCAGCCUUAGAGCGGAUGACUGGAUAUUAUUUGUGAUUUCCAGUCCCAGUGCAUACAAUGCCCGCGGCUUUGUUACAGGCCAAAUGUUUAACCGAAAAGGAGAGUUGGUUGUGUCACUGACUCAAGAAGGGCUACUAAGGGAGAGGAGGCCAGAGUUGGCCAUUGGAUCAAAGUUAUGAAGUAUGUCCAAACAAAAACAAUGCUAUUUAUUAUUAGUUCAGGUCAAGGCACGAAUUUAUUGAGUGUAUUGUCAAUAUAAUCCUACCAUUAUUCUGAUUGUUAAUGCCCUAGCUAGUUUGGCGUAAAUAUUCUCUCUGCACUGCAGCCUUCUGGAGAUUUUUACAUCAGUAUUCAAAUACAUAAAAACCAGAGCCAAAUAUUAAGCAGAAGCCUGCCUCAUUUGAUAGCUGCAGGGAAUAUAUUUUGUUAUUAGUAUUUUAUCUUUCUUUGGUGUAUGACAUGAACUUCUGAAAGUAUAUCUUAGACCAUUUACCGUUGA